AUCCGACAAAUAUAAAGAAGAAUCUCUGUGAUCAACCUAGUUCCGCAAAUCUGAUUAUUAUUAUUAAAAAUUAAUUUGGGGGUUAAACUUGGGUAAGCAGCGAAAAUGGUGUUGGCGGAGCUCGGCGGUCGGAUAAGCCGCGCCAUACAGCAGAUGAACAAUGUGACAAUAAUCGAUGAAAAGGCUCUGAACGAUUGCUUGAACGAGAUCACUCGCGCACUGCUCCAGUCCGAUGUUUCUUUCCCACUCGUUAAGGACAUGCAGACCAAUAUUAAGAAAAUCGUCAAUCUUGAGGAACUAGCUUCCGGACACAACAAGCGUCGUAUCAUUGAACAGGCUAUCUUCAAUGAACUCUGUAAGAUGUUGGAUCCAGGAAAGCCUGCAUUUUCUCCCAAAAAGGCUAAACCUUGUGUAGUUAUGUUUGUUGGAUUACAAGGUGCUGGAAAGACCACAACUUGUACCAAGUAUGCUUACUAUCAUCAGAAGAAAGGGUACAAAGCAGCUCUAGUGUGUGCAGAUACUUUCAGGGCAGGUGCUUUUGAUCAGCUUAAACAGAAUGCUACCAAGGCCAAGAUCCCUUUUUAUGGAAGCUACACGGAAUCAGAUCCUGUGAAAAUUGCUGUUGAGGGAGUUGAUAGGUUUAAGAAAGAAAAUCGUGAUCUUAUUAUUGUUGACACCAGUGGUCGCCAUAAACAAGAAGCUACUCUCUUUGAAGAGAUGCGUCAAGUUGCUGAAGCAACGAAACCAGAUCUUGUUAUAUUUGUUAUGGAUAGCAGUAUUGGUCAAGCUGCGUUUGAGCAAGCUCAAGCAUUUAAACAAAGUGUUGCUGUGGGAGCUGUAAUUAUAACUAAGAUGGACGGCCAUGCCAAGGGUGGUGGUGCUCUUAGCGCUGUUGCAGCUACAAAAAGUCCUGUCAUAUUCAUUGGAACAGGAGAGCAUAUGGAUGAAUUUGAAGUUUUUGAAACUAAACAAUUUGUCAGCCGUCUCUUAGGAAAUGGUGAUUGGUCUGGAUUCGUGAAUAAACUGCAAGAAGUGGUACCUAAAGAUCAACAGCCUGAGCUUCUGGAAAAGCUCUCUCAUGGUAACUUUACAUUGAGAAUUAUGUACGACCAGUUCCAAAACUUACUGAACAUGGGGCCACUUAAGGAGGUUUUCUCCAUGCUACCUGGAAUUUCUUCUGAAAUGAUGCCACAGGGAGGUGAGAAAGAGAGCCAGGCGAAGAUAAAGCGAUACAUGACAAUGAUGGAUUCUAUGACAAAUGAAGAACUGGACAGCUCAAACCCGAAGGUGUUUAACGGGUCAAGGAUAAUGCGAAUAGCAAGAGGGUCAGGGAGGAUUGUAACAGAGGUGAUGGAGAUGUUGGAAGAGUACAAGAGGCUAACAACAAUGUGGGGGAAGAUGAAAGGGAUUAAGAUACCAGAGAAAGGAAAUAUGAACUCACUCUCAAGAAACAAGAACUCGCAGCAGUUGAGUAAGGUCCUACCACCCCAGAUGCUAAAGCAGCUUGGUGGCAUGGGUGGUCUGCAGAGUCUCAUGAAGCAGAUGGGUUCGGGUAAAGACCUGAUGGGAAUGUUCGGUGGCCGAGACUGAGUAGUUUCUUACACAGUCCAAAACUAUAUAAAUCACUAGAUACAUACUAAAUGACCAGUGUUAUGCGCGGAGUAAAAUAUUAUAAAAGUUGUGUGAAGUGUGUGUGAUUCUCCGUAUUAAUAUAGUUUAUGUAUUUAACUAAUUUAUUGGUAUGUGUAACUUUAUAGUCUAUUGAUUGGACUAUUUGUACUAGUAUCUAUCUUCUAAAUUCAAGUUUGGUAA